UAAAACAUGUGGUGCGAACAAGAAUUUGCAGCCUUUUUCUCUCUGUGCUGAGUUUGCAUAGGAGAAGGCAGAGAUUAUUCAUCUCAAGCGUGACAGCAGCGUCCCUUUCGCAAGUGUUGUCAACAAACAUCGCCCUCCACGUCACGUCGCUGCUAUCUCUUUCUCUCUCUCUACACUCACAGAAACAGAACGAAACAAAAAAAAACCCCAGCAAUUGCAGUUGUCUCUCUCAAAUUUCAAAACCUUAACAGAGACACACGCUCAGCAAAAGUUUAGCAAAAGCAAAAGCAAAAGGCCACUUCUCUCUCUCUCUCUCUCAGAAAAUUGCCAAGGCUUUUAUUGCCUAGAGAAGGAAGAACAACAUCUAUUGGUGGAAAACCUUUAUGCACUAUGGAGCAUGAAUCACUUGAUGUAUCACAUGAUGCUGAUGGAAACAAUGCAUGGAAAGAAGCAACUGAAUCUGAUCAUAAUAGUACAAAAGAUGUUCCACUUCCCAGUUUUCCAGGUAAUAACAAAAACGUUAAUGUAAUUAACUGGAAAGUUGGGGAAAUAGUUCCCCAAAAUGUACCUGCUGAUGCGGAGACAUCUGGGGAAGUAAAUAUGGAGGCUUCCAUAACAACUGAUGACGUUAUAAGAGCUGGAGGCUUUGGAGCUAGAGACGAUAUAAAUAGCUUUCUUCCUGUUGCAAGUGAUUCAACUGACUUCGAAGCAACUGUCCUUGAUGCCAGAUACUAUGAAGAACCGCAGGGAGAAAUAUCCAGACCCGGUCUUGGCUGGAAGGAACCAGCACAAGGAAAAUAGCUUGUGUCGAUCCUAAUGCCGUGAGUGUUGCAGUCAACUUUUACUGGCUUCUUUUAUUUUAACACUUUGCUAUAAGCUUGUCCCAUGUUGCUGUAUGUCCGGGUUUUAUUUAUCAGAGUUCUUUGUUUAUCUGGUACAGUGUAGGACCAAUAGGUGGUUUCUCCUUCCCUGUUAAGAUGACUAAAUUAAAUAUAGAUUUCUCUCUGUAUGAUAUGCUUAAAACAUUCACUACAAUGUUAAUGCUGUAAGUCCUUUUCAUAA